UCUUAUUUAUUUAUGUGAUAGAUCAUCAGUAAAUUAUGUCUAUUAUUGAAUGGCUGAACAGCAACAGAUCAAACAACCAAUAACAAAACAAAUGUCAAAGUUAAAGUAUGUAGAACUGGGAUUUUCUAGCCUACAGAUCCUGAAUAUUAAACUAAAUUUUUUUUAUUCUAUCUGCACACGUAAAAAAAUAUAUAUAUCAGGAUCACAUACCUAAAUUGAUAUCUCUGUGAUAUUCCAAAUGCUAGACCUCAAUAUAUAUUUCAAAUUAAACCAAGGCCACUGACACUAAUUGGACCUAUAGGGACAAAUAAUUUGCAGUUCUGAAAAACAAGCAGUAUUACUGUUGGUUUCUUUGCAUUUCAGCUUUUGAAAUUGACUCUGAAGAAAUGUCUGAAUCAAUAUUACACAUGGGAAUUGGAAGUGUGCAGGUGAGCCACACAUUUUAAACAAACUGAGACAAAUGAGAACUUUAUUCCUCAUUAUGGAGGCUCACAGUGUCUGCCUGAGACUGAUAGAAUAAUAGAGCACAUAUUAGAUUAAUAGGUAACAUAUUAAGCUGCCUAUCAUCUUGAAACAGUUACAGUCAAGGCCAUCUGUGACUAAUGAGGGCGUUUUAACUGUUACACAACCUGGUUACAGCGUCCUAAUAAUUGGAAAAUGCAUUUUAGUCCAUCUGUUGACUGCAGCGCACAGCAACAAUGGAUCUUCUGGGAAACUGGAACAGCAUGUUUUCCCAAAUGACAUGGCGACAGACUGAUCAGAGUGUGUCCACAGCAGAGAUAGGAGACUUGAUUGAGUUUGUGAACCCGUUGUUGGGGUUGUCUCUGUGGGGUGUUUAUGUUGGAGAAGGCCAUGUCAUCCAUUUUGGGGUGGGAGAUGAGAACAUGACACAGAAAGCCUGCCGCAGCUUCCUUCAACAAAUGGCUCCAAAGUCGAGCGGUGAUCGUGUCCUGAAGAAGACCAGAAUCUGCACGCAGCGCAUUACGGACAUCAAAGUGCCUCCAGGAACUCGGAUCAGGGUCAACAACAACGAACACAACCUUGUCCUGUCGACGCAGGAGGCGAUGAGGCAUCGCUGUGAGACUUUCCUGCACCAGGAAUUCAAAUACGACCUGAUGAACUUCAACAGCGAGCAUUUCGCCACAUUUGUUCGAUACGGCCACGCUGUGUGCAACCAGAUUCCCUUUAAGAAAAAGAAUGAACCACAUAAGGAUACAACUCAGACUCUGCAAAUGAUAAUGCAGCAGCGGAUGGAGACAGAAACUUGAGAUGCUCUGUGGUGCCUCUUAUGUACAUCUGCCACACUAACUUUGUUAAUCAGGAAAAUGAGGAAAAUAAAAAAUAAAAAAUC